AUGCUUGUGGUUGGAAUGGCGGAAGCUCUAUCCGUUUCCUAUUUUCUUGGCUAUAGAGAUAAUUAUGUUUGGACUCUCGAAUAUGGUGCAUUUUUGGGUUUUUCUUUCGUGGUGUUUGUUAUCUCCGAAAAUUUUCUUACUCUGACUUACGAGAACAAGACGAUUUCACAUUUUGCCUUCUUCACAGAUGCUAUUUUACAGAACUCUGCUCGAACAAUCGGUCGGAUUAUCUAUUUCUUAUUAUUUUAUGCGGCUUUCCAUGUAGUACUGCUACGAGAUUUUCAAUUUCAAUUUCUAGCUGGAUUGAAAUUCUCAGUUUUAAUUGAACUCUAUCUUGUUGGACUUUUCAUUUUCACCACUUGGUGUUCUGGUCUACUAAUUGUGGAAACUUCUAUAACCGUGAAUUUACCCCCAAUAGAAAACGAUGAUAGCCAUUUAAUUGCUGUUGGCGAUUUCCUAGUUUCGAAUAAAUCUGAUGGACUGGUUUAUCAUCUUCUUCUGAGCCGUCUUGCAGAUACGGUUGUCAAAGACGCUAAGACAAGAGACCAAAUCUUCAACCUCACUAAUAUCAGCGGAAGAGUUGUUUUGUGGGAAGAGUUAUGCUCCAGUUGUCUUGCAACUUUAAAGGUCUUUCUGGAAGGUCUGAACAAAGCGAACAAGGAAUUAACCUCCCACACUCCUUCCUAUCUUUCUUUUUCGCGCCCAUUCAACUAUUAUCAUGUGGAGGAAAAUUCUUUUUCGAAAUGUUGCUCUGAGCGCCAGAAAUUUAGCACAUAUCUCAAUGCUGCCUUAAAUAAGAUGUCUGCAACCCUUUUACGAUUACCGUUUAUACGCCUAUUGAUGCGUGAAAUCCCCUAUGCAUCAACGUGGAGGUUAUUCAGUUCAGGUGGAACAAAUCGUGCUGUCAGUGUAUGGACCUGUGAUGAAAGUUCUCAUCAAACUGGUCAGGCUGUAAUUUGGGCAACUGAGGUUAUUGGCAUCCUCACUCUCUCCUCUUACGUUGAAGAUCGUUUGGGUGCUGUGCAGAAAUCCCUCGGUCAGAUCCUCGGCGUUAUCGAUGAACUUAUUGAGGCUGUCGAAGUGCAUUUCAAACUUGUUGGUCUAACACCACCUGCUGGAGGUCUUCUCUCAACGAAAGUGAAUAAAUAUCGUCAAGUUGUGGAGCAUACAACCAUGGUUAAUGAUAAUUCGCCUCUAUCUUCCCAAACUUAUCGAUAUGCGUCGGACGCUAAUCUACCCUGGCGCAUUCAUACAACUCUUCGUUGGGCUCUUGUUUCGUGUCUUAAACGUUUCGGUCAACACCUCAAGACGCUGCAGAUGGAUCCCAAGAGGAGAACAAAGUUAGAAAACUUAAUAAAAACGUUGGAUGAUCAGAAAGAUCACGAAUAG